AUGAAAUUAUUUUUAACAAAAUUUACAAUUUUAUUUUUAUUAUUUAUUAAUGAAUCCUCCUCUAGUGCAAUACGUAAUUUGCGUUCUCACUAUGAUGCUGGAACCGAUACAAUAUUAGUUGAUUGGGAGUGGGAUGAGCUAAGUGGAGGAUUGGGCAGGCAACAACUUGAAGACUACGAAAUAUUUGUACGCUACAAAGUUUCAAGACAAGGCCAAAAUGAAGAUGAAUGGAGACGAGUUGAAGCAGAAGAGGAUGGACUUGGUGCUCGCAUUCCUCUUGGAAGAUUAUCGUUGAGUGAUGGGGAUGAGGUGAUGACUCAGGUACUAGCAGAGCCACUAACUCCUCCAGAAACUGGGAGCAGCGCUUCGUUGAAGCAACAUAGUGAACCUCUUGUUGUUUGGAUUGGUAGGCGUCAGAGUAAUUCUGAUGGAAAUUCUGACGGAUAUUCUGAAAAUAAUUUUGAUGGGAAUUCUGAUGGGAAUUCUGGUGGAAAUUCUGAUUUCUCUUCGAAUUCUGAAAAAAAUUCUGAAAAUAAUUCUGAUCAAAAUUCUGAUUUUUCUACAAAUUCCAAUUUUGAACUUCCCAAAAAUCCUCCACCUACAGCAGAAGAAAUUCUCCCUCCCUACAAUUUCACUGCAAAUAUUCUUGGACCUACACAAGUAAAAUUAGAGUGGAAAACACCUCCAAGAUCUUCAGAUACAACAGAGCUUUAUUACUUUUAUAUUAUUAAUGUUAGACAAAUAAGUGCAAAUGAUCGUAGUGGAAGGAAGUUUGCUCCACUGCAGAUUCGUGUGGACAAAACAAAUUUCCUAUUAGGCCAUUUAAUACCAGGAGAGAGGUAUGAAAUUACUCUCAGGAGUGCAACAAGUUCUGAUCGUAUUUCCUCUGCCGCAGCAAUUGUUGAAAUUGCCUUGCCGAAGGAGGAUGAGGGUGCUUUAAUGGACGUUGGGAAUUUAUUGGUAACUUCAAGAUUUAUGCAUGAUGGUCGAGGAGUUGUUAAUCUUACAUGGGAAGUGCCUCCACAAUUAAUAGGGAAAAUAAAAUGUAAGGGGAGGGAUAUUUCUUUUUAA